UGCUUGAAGUGUGUGGGCUGGACUUGAGGCAACGCGAUGAUAGACGAGUUGGAUCUGGAGACGAUCCUGGGCGAGCUUGGGGACUUCAAGCGCUACCAGAUAUACGUGUUCCUGUACCUGGCUGUCACUAUCAUCGUCAGCGCCGUCUACAACUGUCAGUACGUGUUCGCAGCCGGACAGGUCGACUACAGAUGCCGAGUGCCGGUGUGCGAGUCAACUCCAGAAAAAUUCGAAACGAACGGUUGGGGAAAGUUUGCUUUACCUGCCCCUGGUCCGCUCGGGUCCGAAUGUUUCCGCCACCGCGUGGUCGGCAAGACUUGCGAUGCUGCUAGCUUCACCAAUGAUACCGAAGCUUGUUACUCAUGGGUCUACGAAAACCAUGAUACUAUAGUUGCUGAGUUUGAUAUGGCGUGCGAGGAGUGGCGGCGGACGCUGGUGGGGACGGUGCACGGCGCGGGCGUGUUCGCCGCCAUGCCCGCCACCGCCUUCGUGUCUGAUAUGUAAGUACAUUCCUAGUACGUAGUUGGAAUUUUAUUUUAUACAAAAAAUCAGGUCAGAUGAUCGGGUAAACAUUUUAAUUGCCUAUCCCUAGAAAACAUAUACUUUAAAACCAAUUAGUUAGAUAUAUUGUGGUAUACCUAUUUACUUUUCCAUUUUGGACAAUAUUUUAAGAUGGCCAAGAAUCGCGCCUAUGAUAACUUAUGUGUCUCAGAUUCGGUCGCAAGCACGCC